AUGCCCUCGGAACGCUCGUCUCGACACACAUCACUCACUCUCGACUCGACUGUUGAAAUUCUUAAAUCAGCAAAACAAAAAGUCACUGAGAUGCCUCCUACUCCCAACAGCUCCACAGACGACACUCCCCCGUCCACCUCCUCGCGCCCACCCCUCUCCAUCCUCAUAGCCUAUACAGCCCUCUGCAUCUCCAUCUUCCUCGUCGCGCUCGAUACAGUGCUGAUACCGACCGCUCUGCCUACCAUAUCUGAAUCCUUCCAUAUCCCCGACUCACUGUACGCAUGGACGGGCUCCGCCUAUCUCCUCGCCAACGCCUCCUCAAUCCCCUUCUGGGGAACGCUGGCUGAUGUGUUUGGUCGCAAGCCUGUCAUCCUCGUUGCAAAUUCCGUCUUCCUCGCUGGCAGUGUGCUGUGCGCCGUCAGUGUCGAUGCUGUCAUGCUCGUUGCUGGGCGGGCGGUGCAGGGGCUGGGAGGAGGUGGAGUUACCGUGUUGGUUUAUGUUUGUGUCAGUGAUCUGUUCACUAUCCGCGACCGGUCUUUCUACCUCGGGACUGUAGGCGCUGUCUGGGCUGUUGCGUCAGCUCUGGGCCCUGUUCUUGGUGGCGUCUUUGCGGAGGAAAUCAAUUGGAGAUGGUGUUUUUAUAUCAACCUACCCAUCGUUUCUCUCUCUAUCAUCCUCCUCUAUUUCACUCUACACCUCCACAACCCGCGGACACCGCUCCUGGCCGGUCUGUAUUCGAUUGACUGGCUGGGCAUCUUCACCAUCCUCGCCGCCACUAUCCUGCUCCUGGUCGGUCUACAGACCGGCGGCACAGCAUCCUACGACUCGCCCAUGGUAAUCACCUUCCUUGUGCUCGGCGCUGUGGCCUAUCUUCUCUUCCCUCUCACGCAAUGGUGGGAAAGCAAGCGCAACGGCUCGCCCAUCAUGCCUCUGCGCAUCUUCCGCGACACAAGCAACCUCAGCGCGCUCGGCGUCUGCGCCUUCGACGCGCUUGUCUUCAACUCAAUCGCCUACUUCGUGCCCCUCUACUUGCAGAUCGUCGCUGGCCGAGGCCCCUCCACGACUGGCGUGCUGAUGCUCGCGCUGGCUAUCCCCCUCACCGUCGUGAGCCUCGCAUCAGGCUACUUCAUCGAGAAAACGGGCCGCUUCAUGGACUGGCUGCAAGGCGGCCUACUCCUCAUGACAUGCGGUGUUGGCGCGCUAAUCUCACUGAGCACCACCUUCGAUAUCGGCAAGGUCGUUGGCUUCCUCGUCCUCAUAGGAGCAGGCUUUGGUCCAACUUUCCACACCCCGCUCAUAGCCCUGCAGACUCGUAUCCGCGACACCGACAUGGCCGUCGGCACCGCGACUUUCGGCUUCGUGCGCAUGCUCUCGGGCGCUGUUGGCGUCGUACUCGGCCAGAUUAUCUUCCAGGCCCUCAUGGCAACGCAGUUGGACGCCAUCAUUGGCGCUGGCGUCUCUGGCGACUUUGCGCGGCAGCUCGCGCGCGGCGAGGCCGUCAGUCAGGCGAGUGAUGUUGCUCUACUCCCCGGCGCGCAGAGGGUGGUCGUUCGAACUGGGUUUGCGGAGGCACUGAAGGGUACGUGGAUUUGCUACACGGUUGUCGGCGCUCUAGGCUUGGCUGCGUCGUUCGGGAUCAAGAGGGUCACGCUGCAGCGAGAGGCAAAGUCUGGCACAAAAACAGAGGCGGCAGUGGUGCGUGGCGGGAGUAGGGAUGUCGAGGCGGCGACAGUGGGAGAAGAUGUGCGAGAGAAGUGA